AUUGGGCUUCAGCUUACUAGUAGUCUGUUCAGAGUUGGCUUCCCAGAGUAAUUACUACUCAAUUCUCUUCGAAUCAAAGAAACAGAGAUGGAGAAGGAGAUUGACCAUUUCAGCCAUACGCAUUACUUGAUCCUCGACCAAGACAAGCGUAAAGAAGGGGAUCAAAUGACUUGCAAUGGGUGCACAAACAAAAUCUCGGCUGAUUUCUAUGGUUGCACACCAUGCAAACAUUACGUUUGCAAAUCAUGUGUUGGAUUGGCGCCAAAGAUACGGCACCCCUUUCACAGGGAACAUCCCCUCACUCUUUUCCCUCAAUCACCUUAUAAACGAGCAACUGAUUCAGCUUCAUGCGAUGUCUGCGGGAUGGAAUGUGACGGCUUCGUUUUCCAUUGUUCUAAAUGUAAAUUUAACCUGCACGUUAAUUGCGCUACGCUGAUGCCCACCACCAACAACUACAAGGCAAGUGAGCAACAAACAAGGCAUGUAUACAAGGGAAGUGAGCAUCCCCUGAUUCCUUGUUAUAGAAAGAACAAGCAGCUUGAUUUUUUGUGCUCUGUGUGCGACCAACACAUCAAGGGCACUAUCUAUGUUUGUUUAGAUUGCCGAGCUAUCAUGGAUGAAUCAUGUAUACAACUCCCACAGCAGAUCACACAUCACUUGCACCCUGAUCAUCAUACUCUCACUUUCACAAGUUCUUGUGUUAUAUGUGAAGCCUGUGGAGCUUUUAAGGAUCGCUUCUGCUACAGCUGUUCUGAGUGUCCCUUUCGUCUGGACGUAAGGUGCGCUUCUCUAAUGCCAAAAGCCAUAAUAGAAAACUAUGAUGAUCAAAGUUUAGAAAACCACCAGGUUGUUCAGGCAUCGUUCACCCACCCGGAUGAUUGGAUUCCAUGUGAUAAUACCAAAGGGAUUUUUAGUUUUUCAUGUUCAGCCUGUGGGCUCUGCAUCGAGGGUACAGUCUAUGUUUGUCUUUAUUUCAAUUUUUUACUGCACAAAUCGUGCGCUGAAUUGCCACGGCAAAUCAAACACCCCUUUCAUCCACCACAUCCUCUCGUGCUCCAUUACAAAAAUUUCUCUGUCAAUUCGUCAAAUUCCUCCGCCGUCAGUUACCGAUGCAAGGCAUGUAAAUGUUCUGGUUUGGGCUUCAAGUACCGGUGUGGCGAGUGUGACUUUGAGAUGGAUGUCACAUGUGCUUCAUUAACCUACUCCACUCUCAAAUUUGAAAUUCACAAGCACCCUCUUGCUAUCUUCAACGACCCUACAUUUACAAAAAGAAAAACGGAUAGCUCAGUUAAUUGCAACAUUUGUGAAAAUUUUACGAGUUUUCCAUUCUUUCGUUGUGUGCCAUGCGAUUUCAGUAUUAAGUUGUGUUGUUUUUCAAUAUUACCGUAUACAUUUAAACACAGCAAUCAUCGACAUUCUCUCACCCUCACAUAUUCUUUCAUUAAAGACCAUUUAGACAAUGACUUUGACUCUGAAUAUUACUGUGACGUUUGUGAGGAAAUGAGAGAGUUACCAGAGCCAACUUAUUAUUGUGAAGAUUGUCACUGUGUUGCUCAUACUGGUUGCGUGUUCCAUGAGAUUCUUCCUUUACUAGGGAGGGAGUGGCCCUUGGUACUCAAAGAAGAGAUUGUAAUGCUUCAAGCAAAAGUGGAUGCAGUCAUCAUGAAAAUAAAGUCAUUAACAAUAAAAUUGACUGAGCUUGAGAAGGAGAUAGAUAGACAGCCACCGAGAAUUGUGACUGAUAUUUUUGGUUCGAUACUGGGUGGUGCAAGGGCAAAAAAAGCAAAGACCGAACUAGAGAGACAACAUAAAAUGAUUCAAGCAGAGGUAGUUUCACUACGAAAGAAAUUAGGGACACUUAAAAGAGAGACAUCCGCACUACAUUGACGGCUAUCAAAUUGGUAGGCUUGUGUAUUGAAGAGGAAAGAAUGAACAUGGUGGCCUAUAGGGGAUAAAACACAGCCCAGGGCAAACAAAAGUUACAUCAGGAGUUGUAAUGGCCAAUGACAAGACUUAUACAUUCAUCAAUAAAUACAUAUUCUAUAUGCGUUAAAAUAAUAAUAAAAGAAAAUAAAAUAAAACAUUGUUCUUCUUCUUUCAAGUGGAAUUCGUAUUGAUUUGCUAGAAUCAUAAUAUUUGGAAGGUUGCCUUCGAAUGAUGAUCAAAUUGUAUAUAUUCUCUUAGAAGUGACUUGUUUCUUCUUCUUGAAUUUUAGAGUUAGUGGAUUCUACCGAACAAUAGACAGAAUUUUCGUAGUAAAGGCUCUGAUUAGCGCUCUUGCAUUAAUCUAUAAUAAUUAUAACUGCCAUAACUUAUAAUUAACCUCUAAAUUUUUUUAUUCCAAACCAGUACUCCCCUCGAUUUAUUGGUGGGAUAAUGGAACUGUUAAAAAGGAAGGAAAUUCUGUAAUAUAAUUGGCAAUUGUUGACUUAUCAAAAAAAAAAAAAAAAAAAUGGUAAUUGGCAAUUUUUGUUUAAGCUUCAAACAGGUGUUUUGCUUGGAACUUUAUAUUCGUACAGAUUUUUUAUUUGAAUAAUGUGAGAAAAAUGUAAGAUUUUAUCUAAUUGUCUCCGAAUUAAAAGAGAAAUAAAUUGUCACUUUGACAGUAAAUGCAUUUUAUUUCAUUGCGAGGGAGAGGUAAUCCAUAUUUUCCUGCUCCCAGACAUGAAUUUAUGACAACAAAAUAUCUAGAGUUCCUUCUAUUAGUGAAAGAGCUCUUAGAAUAUGUUCAAGUCUUAAAUGUUGAAGGGAACAUUAGAAAAAGUCAUAAGAGAACCAUGCUUAUACAAUGAAGAAAGGGGGAAAACACUUAAUUAUAAAAUAAAAAUUUUAAAAAGAAGAAGAGAAAAAUACUAAAAUUUUGUCUGUCCUAUUUUUAGAAUUAAUUUUAUGUUACUUAAUUAAGAGAUUUCUAUGCAAUUAAGGGAUAUAGUAUUGAAGUAAUUGCUUUAUACAUCCAUUUAUGUA